AUGCGCAGUGACAUGGCGUACCGCGGGCUCUCGCAGCACGUGGAGCUAGACCGUGCGGCAGACCCGCGCGACCGCUUUACACUGCAAGAGCUGAUAGGCGAGGGCACCUACGGCGAGGUUUACUGCGCAAAGGACAAGAAGACUGGGCGCCGGGUUGCUAUAAAGAUCUUAGAGAACAUAGCCGAGAAUAUAGAAGAAAUAGAAGAAGAAUUUCUCGUAUUUAGAGAUCUAUCGUCUCAUCCUAAUAUCCCGGAAUUUUUCGGUUUAUUUCUGAAACGUGGUAUAAGCUCAGAAGAUGAUCAAAUAUGGUUUGUUAUGGAACUCUGUACCGGCGGUUCAGUCACCGAUUUAUGCGCAGGAAUGCGCGCUCGGGGUAACAACAUCACCGAACCUCAGCUUGCUUAUGUUCUUAGAGGGACUGUGCGAGCUUUGACUCACCUACACGCUCAUCGAUGCAUGCAUCGUGAUGUUAAAGGCCAUAACAUACUUCUCACUGAAAAUGCUGAGGUAAAAUUAGUUGAUUUUGGUGUAUCAUCCCAUUUGGCUGCUACAGCCGCAAGAAGGAAUACGUCAGUUGGUACGCCUUAUUGGAUGGCUCCAGAGGUGAUAGCUUGUGAACAACAACUGGAUCAGUCAUAUGAUUGUAGAUGUGAUGUAUGGUCAGUAGGCAUUACAGCUAUUGAAUUAGCGGAAGGGGAACCUCCGCUUUCAGGUUUACAUCCAAUGAGAGCACUGUUUCAAAUUCCCCGAAACCCACCCCCAAGUUUAACCCACCCAGAAAUGUUCUCACCACAGCUUACAGAUUUCAUAUCCGAAUGUCUCAUUAAAGAUAUGAUUCAAAGGCCAUUUGCGAGAGAACUUUUAGAACAUCCUUUAUUACGUGCUGUGGAUAGUUUUGAGGAUAAGAUACGAAAAGAAUUACAUGCAGAGAUAAAGAGACAAAGAGCUGAAGGCAGAAGUUUUCGAGCACCAGAAGCUACUACUAAGCGAGGAAAAUUAAAAUCAAAUCGAAAAGCUAGGCCAGAAAGUAUGUAUAAAGAUGAUUUAGCGACUCUCGAAGUCCUGACCGAGGACGCUAUAGUUGAACAAAUUCAAAAUAGAUACAAUCAAAAUCAAAUUUAUACAUAUAUAGGAGAUAUUCUGGUAGCUGUAAAUCCUUUUACAGAUAUAGGAAUUUAUACACCUAAAACUCAACAAAUGUACCAAAGUCGGUGUAGAUCUGAUAACCCUCCACAUAUUUAUGCAGUAGCGGAUGCAGCUCAUCAGGCUGUUAUGCAUCAAAAACAUCAUCAAGCUAUUGUUAUAUCUGGUGAAAGUGGUGCGGGAAAAACGGAGUCUGCAAACCUAUUACUUAAACAACUUGUAUUUUUAUCGAAGUCACAACAUGGCAACCUUGAGGAAAAGAUUUUACAAGUAAAUCCAAUAAUGGAAGCUUUUGGUAAUGCAAGAACAGGAAUAAAUGCUAACAGUUCAAGGUUUGGCAAAUAUUUAGAUUUGUCCAUGAUGAGAGUCGGGCGAAUAUCAGGUGCUCGAAUGUCUGUAUAUUUACUGGAGCAAUCACGAGUCGUCCAUCAAGCCCUAGGUGAAAGUAACUUUCAUAUAUUCUAUUACCUAUAUGAUGGCUUAGAAAGCGAAGGACGUUGGAGGAAGUUCUAUUUGGACGAGCAACUAAGGUCAAGGCAUCGUUACCUACAGCCACUCUCUGUGGCACAUCGUGAACAUAACGUCCAUAGGUGGCGGCAACUUAAUCAAGCUUUUAAGGUUGUGGGGUUUCUAGAUGAAGAGGUUAUUGUUUUAUACAAAAUGCUUGCUGCUAUCCUCCAUCUUGGCGAUAUUGAAUUUGGGGAAACUGCAGGCGAGGAUAAUACAGACAACCGAGCAACAAUAAUUGAUACUGCUCCGUUACAUAGAGCUUCUUGUCUCUUGGGAGUAGAAACAUCAGAUCUUCGGGAGUGCUUAACCAGCAGCAGCAUGGUCACUAGAGGUGAGAUAAUAGCUCGACAUAGUUCUCCGGCGGAAGCUGAAGUUGCAAGGGAUGCUACCGCCCGUGGUUUAUAUGCCAGAGCAUUUGACAGAAUAGUAGAAAGGAUAAACGCACUACUUUGUCAAAAUAAGCAUCAAAGUGCGGAACAACUAUCCAUUGGAAUUUUGGACAUCUUUGGUUUUGAAAACUUUCAAAAAAAUUCAUUCGAGCAACUCUGUAUCAAUAUUGCAAAUGAACAAAUUCAGUAUUAUUUUAAUCAGCAUAUUUUUACAUGGGAACAACAAGAGUAUAUGGCUGAGGGAAUACCAGUUGAUCUUGUGGAGUUUUCUGACAAUAGACCUGUGCUAGACAUGCUACUAUCGAGACCCAUGGGUUUGCUGGCAUUGCUUGAUGAGGAAAGCCGCUUUCCGCGAUCCACCGAUCGAAGUCUUAUUGAGAAGUUCCAUAACAACAUCAAAAGCAACUAUUACGUUCGACCAAAAUCUGACGCUGUUUGCUUUGCCAUUCAUCAUUUUGCUGGAAGAGUCGUAUAUCAAGCAGAUGGCUUUUUAGAAAAAAAUCGAAACUUUUUGCCACCUGAAGUAGUUCAAUUAAUGAGACAAAGUCAAUAUGAUAUAAUUCGAUUUCUCUUUCAAUGUCCUAUUACUAAGACGGGUAAUUUAUAUUCGCCCUUAAAAGGAAAUAUGGAUUCUAUAAGUUUAAAGAAUUCAAUUUCAGGUGACUUCAGGUUGGACCGGUUCAACAGUCGAGGUUUAGCAUCUCAAUCUCGAGCGCAACAGACUGUUUCUACCUACUUUCGCUUUUCGUUAAUGGAACUGCUUCAAAAAAUGGUCAGUGGAAGCCCACAAUUUGUGAGAUGUCUUAAGCCGAAUGAUACUCGAUCACCAAAACAUUUUGACUCAGCGAAAAUACUUAAGCAACUAAGGUAUACCGGUGUACUUGAAACAAUUAGGAUAAGACAAAAUGGAUUUUCCCACCGUCUAACAUUCGAGGAAUUUAUAAAACGGUACGGUUUUCUAGCUUUUAGUUAUGAUGAAGAAGUUAAGCCAAAUCGUGAUUCUUGCCGCCUUCUUUUGUUAAGACUGAAAUUAGAUGGAUGGGCACUCGGGAAGUCAAAGGUGUUUUUGAAAUACUAUCACGUAGAGCUCCUUGCAAGGAUCUACGAGGAACAAAUAAGGAAAGUGAUACUUGUGCAAGCAUGUGUGAGAGCGUGGUUGGCACGACGCCUUUGUGAGCGUCUUAGGGUUCAAAUGGCCAUCUCAGUGUUAACACUGCAGCGACAUGUUCGGGGCUGGCUCACUAGAAAACAUCUUAAAGAACGGCAUAAACAACUUGCAAGAGAGUUCCAACGAGAGCAGAUGGAACAAGAGGAUCAUAAUCGAAGACAUCAAAAACCUGAUUUUCCAGGGUUCACAGCUCGUCGGAAAUGGGCAAGGGAUCGGGCACCACCACCUCCCCAACAUCCCGCGCCACCAACACCUCAACACAAGAUGCAACAAUACUCAGUACAGGAACGGGCAGCACAGUUGCAAACAUUUGCGGAUCAGGCUCACUAUAGAAAUCAAGACGUUCAUAAAAAUCUUAGGCGCAACAAGCCUGGGAUUCGCUUAAUAGACGUAGAAAGACCUCCGGACGAGUAUCGCCCUCCGCCUGGGUUCACACUUAUACCCGCUAUCGUAAAAGGACAACCAUCCCAAGUUGAACGAGAUGCUAGUCGCCUUUCCAGAUACCAACCAAAUGGGCAAGAUCAGAAUUAUAUCGAAGAAACUCACCUACAAUCGAAUCAAAAUUGGCAAAAUCUACCUUGUAACAGGCAAUGUGGAGGACUAGUCAGCAAUAAAAUAAAUGAACUUGUCAAGCAAACACAGAAAACAGAUACACCUCCAAAACCAGUAUACCAACUAACUCAUGAUCCUGAAUCUACUCUGCGCAAGAUUCUGCGGAAUUCACCUCAAAUGUUGGCAACUCCAUUAUUUAUCUCGGACGAUGAUUACAACGAAGGACCAUUCCGCUUUAAACAACUACUACGACCUACACUAGGGCCCACCGAAAGUCUACGUAAAAGAAAAGUUCGGAAUUCAUCUGUAAAAAGCCCUUGGAUGUCGGACAGUUCGCAAGACAGCUCUGGUUCUAACCAAGCACUGUAUAAUAAGCGUCGUCCUCAAAUUAGUAUGGGAGUGUAUUAUAAUUGA